AAUCACCGAGUUGAUCUCCUCCCCGAGUUGCACCGAUGGGUCCCAGGAAGUUUCUCUUGGCCUCCAUUACUACCGUAUCAGUUCUUCUUUACAUGUUUCCGCACGCCAGUUCGGAGUCCGUAGCCCUCCCUCCCGAAUCGGCCUAUGGCCCGGCCGCAGAGAGUCCGGACGCCGGUGCGCGGGAUCUCAGCCCAGUGCCGCCGCCGAUGGUAUUCGACGUCGACGACUACGGCGCCUCGGCCGGCGGCGACGCCACCGAGGCGUUUCUCGCGGCGUGGAAGGACGCCUGCAACUCCUCCUCCGACCCGUCCCUGCUCCUCGUGCCCGAGGGGAAGGCCUACCUCCUCAUGCCCGUCAGCUUCACCGGCCCCUGCAGGGCUACCACGAUCACGGCAAUGAUCAGGGGAACGCUGGAGGCGCCGUCGAACCGGUCGGUGUGGCUGGACGGCGACCGCCGGGAGCGGUGGAUCACGUUCGAGGACGUCGACAGCCUGCACGUCAUGGGCGGCGGGACGCUCAACGGGCACGGGCAGGAGUGGUGGAUCAACUCGUGCAAGGUCAACAAAUCCAUGAAAUGCGUCGCCGGCCCGACGGCCCUGUACUUCAGGAGCUGCGACCAUCUGGUGGUGGACGACCUGGAGGUAAAGGACAGCAUGCAGAUGCACGUCGUGAUCGCCAACUGCUGGAAAGCCGCCGUCUCGCGGCUGUUCGUCACCGCGCCGGGGUGGAGCCCCAACACCGACGGGAUCCACGUAUCCAACAGCAGAGAGGUGUCCAUAACCAACUGCAUCAUCAGCACAGGUGAUGACUGCAUAUCCAUUGUGUCUGGCUCUGAGUUUGUGUGGGCAUCAGGCAUAUAUUGUGGGCCGGGCCAUGGAAUAAGCAUUGGCAGCCUAGGAGCGAACAAAUCGCGGGCCCAUGUCUCUGACGUGCUGGUGGAGAAGGCCACGCUGGUGGGCACAACCAACGGUGUGCGGAUCAAAACAUGGCAGGGAGGAGAAGGGUCUGCAGAGAGGAUUAUUUUCCAAGACAUAAAGAUGUACAAUGUCACUAACCCUAUCAUCAUUGACCAGAACUACUGUGACUCCAAGAAACCAUGCUCCGAAGAGGAAUCAGCUGUUGCCAUAAGUGACAUACGCUACAACAACAUACACGGAACCAGUUCAUCGAAAGUCGCGGUGAAAUUCAUUUGCAGCAGCGCUGUCCAUUGCGAUGGCAUAGUGAUGCAAGAUGUUUCUUUGGUCGGGCAAAAAGGGGCCUACCUUAAAUGUUCCUCCGUGAACGCCAGAGUUAUAACACCAGGAUUCAACUACCCUUAUUGCACCGCGGACAUGUAGUUUGUUUUCCAGUAGUACUACACAAGUUUUGCCCAUUUUAUACUCUGUUUUAUAGAGGGUGUUUAGCCCAGGGGUACUUUUUAGGGAGUUUUGGUAAUAUUUACUAGUUCAAAAGUACCCUCGGCACAUGGGCGGCACUAGGAGUAUUGUUGGGUCUUCAUGUGAAUACCCAUGACUUUUACAAAACAGUGCUAAUUUUGGCAAAACAGUAAUAAUUUUCAAAAAACAACAAUG